AUGUCCGAUGACAAAGAAAGGGAUGUUUGCUUAAAAUUUUUGCAUGCUUUAAAACAAAGAGGAAAAAAUUAUUCUGGGUUUAAAGAAUCACUUGAUAAGUUACAAUCUUACGUUGCAUCAAAAGGACUAAAUGACGACGAUAUUAAUUUAUUGGCAAAUGUUAUUAUGAAAACGACUAACUUAGGUGUUACUAAACAAGUGCCUUUAAUAAGGUGUUUAGUUCCAAGAUACAGAGUACCUGAAAUUACAGUUAAAACCAUUGUUAUUUGGUGUUUAUCAUCCAUAGGAGGACUGGCUAUUUCUGUAUCCAAUAGCAUUGUACAAUGGAUUCUUGGUAUAUUGGAUCACCAAUUAACAGAUAAAAAAGUUAUAAAUAUAUUUUAUGGUGUGUUUUUUCAUUUGUUGCUAAAAUAUGAGAAACUGGAAAAAAAUAUAGCACAUCUUAUUUAUGUAUUAGCAAAACCAGAAGAUGUAACUCGUAGAGAUGUAAUUAGACUAUUAUAUCUUCAUCAGAAAUAUGCAAAAUCUCGAACACACAUUGUUGCCUUACUAUCAUUGUUCAAGUCUUAUAAGCCCGAAUUAGUUCCUGAAAGAUUUCAAUCUGUAAAUAUAGAAAGUGUAUGGAAGCCAAUACCUGAAACUUUACAAUUAAUGCUUCAAAAUGCUAAAGCUCGUUUAGAAGUUCAACAAGCAGAAGAUAUAAAUUUAAAAUGUUUUAAUUGGUGCACAUUGGAGAGUGGCAAAACACGGAAAAAUAUGGAGCCUCUCUUACCAUCUGUAGGAUAUUUUCAAAUUGGUUCUAGUAUUUUUAAAGAGAAGGAUACUAAAUCUAUUUUUGAUAUCUCCAAUGUAGAAGAAUUGGGAAAGUUGCAUUUAAGCAUAGAAUUACCAUGCAAGGCUAUAUCCCUUUUGUCUAAUACAGCUGGAUAUCAUCUUCUUACAUUUGCUGAUUUUGAAUAUCAAAGUAGAUUCUCUUACAAUCUACAUAAUACUUUAACAAGGGCGUUUAUGUUUGAAAAUGACAAAUUUUCUAUGAAAGAUAUUGAUAGAUUACUUGAUAUGACUGUAGAAUUUUCACGAUACAUGCAACAAGGUAUACCGGUUGUCAAUCAUUUCCUCGAUGCGUACCUAUAUUUUAACACAGGAGAACAUCAGUCGAAGUUAUUGGCUUUAUUACAGUGGAUGACAUCAGUGCCUGUUAGCGAUUUACAGGAAAAAAUAUUAGUACAUGUACAAAAUAUAUUUUAUGAAUCAACCGUAACUACAAAAUGUGAAAUCAUCAAAACAUUAAAAAUGUUGAUUACAAAUAUGUUUGUUAAUCAAGGAUUCGAAGAAUGCUGCCAAAACACACCUGCACCAUUUUUAGGUCAAAGUCCAAUGGAUAAUUUGGAAAACGCGAUUUCAAUUCUUACAAAAAUUUCAGAGGAUCUUAUUGUGUCGGGUUUAAAUAUACAUUUGUAUAAUGUUUUAUUGCUUUCAGAAGCAUUAUCCUUUUAUGAAGAUAUUUGUGAAUUAGAAAAUCGCAGCAUCAUAUUGUCCUUUACAGUAGCACCGCCUGCAGUAAUUUAUGGAGGUUUUGUUACAAAAAUCUCUGCGAUUUUGUCCAGAAUAUGCAAAUUAUUAUUAAGGUAUCACGAUGUAGGUUUACAAUUUAGAAAGAAAGCAGAAAAUGUAUUCGAAAAGAAAAUGUACACGAUAUCUGUUUAUAUUGAAGACAUUAUUAAGGCAUUAUGGUAUGAUGAGCCAUUCAAGAAGAAAAGAAACAAAUAUUUUUUAAGAAAUGUUCCCAAGGAAGUUCUGAAAGAUUUGGAACGUUUCGAUUUAAACUGCCGUUUAAAUAUUAGUAAUCAUCAUGCAAUUUUACCUUAUAAGUAUAUACUGAACAUAGCAGGGUUCGAUAUACUCACAAAAAAAGAUGCUAGGAACAUAGCUUCGCAUUGUAUUCCAAGUGUAAAUACAUUUAUUGAUGUAUUUCGAAGUUAA